GAAAUUUCAAAUUACAUGAAUUUACCUACCGCAGUUAAAGACGCAGUCAUCGAAGACUUUGUUCAAAGUUUAACCCCAUUUAACCAGGUGCAAAGUGUAGAAAGGAAGCUAAAUUUCCUAACAGGGAAGGAUGGAAGUAGCUCAAAUACUCUUUCGGAGUUGGAAAAUUUUAUAAACGAUCACCUUAGCGCCGACCUUAGCUCUGCAGAUGUUGAAAUGGACCUGUUCUUGGCUAGAAAAAAGUUUAUUGAAAAGGCCUUUUCGUACUUUCAAGGAAAAAUAGUAGCUGAGAAACUCUCAGAGCAAUGUAGAGAGCUAUGUCAAGACAAACUUGAGCCUCACUCUUCAACAUACAAUAUAGACCCUAAAGAAAGACAAGUUGACUUUUCCUAUCUCUUUAAUAUCAAUACAAGUGUUCUAUUUAAUGAAAUGAAUAACGAGGAAAUCCCUCCAUUCAUGCUGACAAGACAACAAGCAGAGUUGUUAAAACAAGGCGUUGUUGACAAAACCGGAAGCCUAUGUGAGAACCUUGGAAAACUCUUGGACGUUGAGAUUUCGGCGAAUAACAAAGGAGAACUCUCUCAAAGUCGUAGACGUAUAGACUUAUGUAUCAAAGAAAGCUACGCUGUCUAUGAAAAUACGAAAGCACAAUCUACCAAUGCAUUCUACCAAUCCUUAUACACCUUGGCUCAGAUUUUCAAAGACUUGAAAGAUUUACUUCAGCAAUGGAACAAAGAAGCAAUAUCUUCUUUCGACUUGAAGAUCUUCAAGAUAAAAAGACUUUGCCUUCAAGUGGAAAAUUGCUUUUUCAAGCUGAAGUUACUGAGAGAAAAAGUCUUGGUAGAUAUUUACGAUACAAACAGCCGUAGAAAAUUGAGCCAAAACAAAGAAUAUCUUAACAUUAAGUAUAACAAGCUGUUAAGCGAGCACGACAAAAUUCAGUCAGCUCUUGAGAAAUAUAUGAGAAACAGAGAUGAAAUGGAUUCUAUUGCUCUGGAGUACCGAAAGACAGUUCAAGCAAUACACGAAAGAGAAGAGGAAAUCAAGUGUUUGAGGAGACUUCAUAUUCGAUCCCAGUCAUGAAGCAGUAUUUGUCUGCUUUAGUAUUUUCUUUGGAGAAACUCAACUGCAAUUGUUAUUAUGACUUCUUCGAAGAGGAACCAAACCUCUUAAUGGCUUUUAGAUUUUCAAUGAUAUCAUAGUUCUCACGGUAGAAGCCACUGUUAGUUUGAGAU